AUGACGGCCAGCACGCUGGCCUGUUCGGGCUACGCCCGAGGCACCAGCAGCUUGGCCAGCGAGCGCCGCCCCCGCAGCUUUGCUCGCAGCAGGCCCAGCCGCUGCGUGGCUGAUGCGGCGGGGGAAGGGGGCAGCCUGAGCAACGGCACCAGCAAUGGCUUUCCAGCGGCGGCAGCGGCCGGCGCAGGCGGGCUGCGGGCCAAGGCCACCGGCCCCGCUGUCUGCGACCCCUGCUCCUCCGACCCCGCCGCGGCGCCGCGCAGCGCGGUGCAGUGGCCGCAGAAGAGCGAGCUCUACAUUCUGCGCUCAGACGGCCACUCGUGCACGCGUGAGACGGUGCAACCCAGCGGCAACCUUCAGUUCGCCUGCCCCAGCUUGCAGCAGCAGCUGCUGGUGUGGAAGACGCGGCCGCAGCGAGUGAUGGUACUGAAGAAGCUGGGGGACGAGCUGAUGGAGGAGUAUGUGGAUGUGCUGCGGUACCUGGGGGAGGAGCUGGGCAUGCGGGUGGUGGUGGAGCCGCACGACCACGCGGUGCUGAAGGGCCUGUGCAUGGGCUGGGUGGACACGUACCAGGAGCGGGACCUGGGCGAGCUGCACUCGUGCGUCGACUUCAUCGUCUGCCUGGGCGGCGACGGCCUGCUGCUGCACGCCGCCUCGCUGUUUGGCAACGCGCUGCCCCCCAUCAUCUCCUUCAAGCUGGGGUCCCUGGGCUUCCUCACCACCCACAACUACGUCGACUACCGCCGCCACCUGCGCAACGUGGUGCACGGCUGCCGCGAGCUGGCCUCCUGCGAGCUGGUCAGCUCGGCAGACGGGCGGCCGCUGCGGGGCGUGCACAUCACGCUGCGCAUGCGCCUGCAGUGCGAGAUUUGGAGGUGCGCGGCGCGGGAGGGGCGGGGCGGGGCGGGGUGGCGGGCGGGGUGCCCGGAGGCGUUUGAGGUGCUGAACGAGGUGGUGCUGUCGCGCGGCGCCAACCCCUACCUCUCCAAGAUCGAGGUGUCUGAGGCGGGGCGGCUGAUCACCAAGGUGCAGGCGGACGGCGUGAUGCUGGCCACCCCCACCGGCUCCACCGCCUACAACGUGGCGGCGGGGGGCUCCAUGGUGCACCCCUCGGUGCCCGCCAUCCUCUUCACCCCCAUCUGCCCCCACUCACUCAACUUCCGCCCCGUCAUCCUGCCCGACUAUGCCGAGCUGGACCUGCGCAUCGCCGACGACGCGCGCUGCUCCGCGGUCGUGUGCUUCGACGGCCGCGACUCUCGGGAGCUGGCGCGCGGCGACUCCAUCAAAGUGCGCAUGAGCCCCAACCCUGUGCCCACCAUCAACAACGCGGACCAGACCACCGACUGGUUUGCGUCCAUCCAGCGCUGCUUCCACUGGAGCGAGCGCAUCGAGCAGCUGCCCAUCAACGGCCAGCUGCUGGCGGCGCGGGAGCAGGAGCUGAGCGCCAUGAGCAGCGGCCUGGCGAGCGUGGGUUCGUCAAUGGACAGCACCGAGGCGUGA